AUGAAAUUAGACAUGAGCAAAGCAUAUGACAGGGUUGAAUGGAACUUUGUGAUUGACAUGAUGAAGAGACUGGGUUUUGAUGAUAGAGAUGCGGAGACAAAGAAACAUAUUCAAGGAAUAGAAAUCGGUAGACAUAUGCCUCCUAUAUCUCACCUGUUUUUUACAGAUGAUACUCUCUUAUUGACUCGGGCUACUGAAGUAGAGGUUGAUUCUAUUAAGGAGAUUCUCAUGACAUAUGAAUUGGCUUCUGGUAAAAAAAUCAACAUGGAAAAAUUAGAGGUCUCUUUCAGCAUGAAUGUUAGUAAUGAGUCGCAGAAUAUGCUUCUUUCGAAGUUGAACUUCCAAGCUGUUGAAGAGCACAAAAAAUAUCUUGGGCUUCCAACCUUUGUUGGAAGAUCUAAGAAAGUUGUUUUUCAAGUGAUUCAAGACCGAGUGUGGAAGAAAGUCAAGGGGUGGAAAGAAAGAUUUUUUUUUCUCCGGCGGGAAGAGAAGUGUUACUCAAGUCAGUGGCUCAAGCCAUUCCCAUAUAUGCAAUGCAAUGUUUCAAAAUUCCCGAGAGAGUGGUGA